AGCGGGUAUUGAGGACACGGUGUUAUCAAAACGCGCAUUUGUUUACGAAGAGGAAGUACAUAAAAAUCCACUUAAUUACGAUUGUUGGGUGGACUACAUUCGUCUUGAAGAAACUCGAGGAGAUCUAGACAAAAUUCGUAAUCUGUACGAAAGAGCUCUCUCAAAUAUACCUCCCAUCCUGGAGAAGCGGUGCUGGACCAGGUAUGUGUAUAUAUGGAUUUGCUACGCGCUAUUUGAGGAGCUGCAGGCACAGGACAUUGAGAGGUGUCGUGCUGUUUAUAAAAAACUUCUCGAAGUCAUCCCUCACAAAAAAUUUUCAUUUGCAAAAGUUUGGUCUCUCUAUGCUAGUUUCGAGGUGCGACAGCUCGACCUGACAGCAGCACGACGAAUAUUCGGAAGAGCCAUCGCAGAAUGCGGGAAGGCCAAAAUUUUUGUGGCGUACUCUCAACUAGAACUACGCUUAGGAAAUAUUCAACGCUGUCGAAUAAUCUAUGCAAAAUUUAUAGAACUUCAUCCUUUCAAUCCUCGUGCUUGGAUAGCAAUGGUCGAUUUGGAAUUACUCGCAGAAGAAUUUGAACGUGCGAGAGCGCUGUGUGAGUUAGCCCUCAACGUCGAGCAAAUGGAGAUGCCAGAACUUAUAUGGAAGACGUACAUUGACAUGGAAGUAGGGCUGCAAGCGAUGGACCGCGCUCGGGAUCUGUAUGAGAGACUUCUGGAGAAAACGCAGCACGUGAAAGUCUUCAUCAGCUAUGCAGACUUCGAAUGGAAGAUUGCAGAACAGAAAGCAAAGGCUCGAAAUGUGCUGCAACGAGGUAUCAACGUUUGCAAGGCAAAUGCAUGGGAUGAAGAGCGCGCUUCACUGUUGGUGCACUGGUUGGGGCUGGAGAGAGAAGGAGGUACGGCAGAGUCAGCCAACCGUGUUUUUCGUAUGUUGCCAAAGAAAGUUAAAAAGACGCGUAUGCAAAGAGAUGAGGACACCGGAGAGGAAGCUCUUACAGAAGUUGUUGCGUAUGUUUUUCCUGAUGAUCCAGGAAGUGCUGCAAGUCUCAGAAUUCUCCAAGCGGCGAAAUUAUGGAAAAAAAAGCAAGCUGCUGCAGUGACAGGAUAA